AUGUCUGCUAUACGGAUUGCUCCAACUAAAGCCGCUCGGGCAAUGAACCUCCUCCGCACAAUCCAAUACACCCACCCACCUACCUGUCCCUGCCACGGCAACCCCUCCCACCACCACCACCACAAGCCCAGCUCCAAUCUCCUCAGCCACGCCAAAAGAAACCUUCAAAGAAACUAUGCUACCCCAAUUGAUACCACCCGACAAAAAGAAUAUGCGUUUGAAAUGGCAGCGAGUAGUAUUAGAUUUGGAGCUGGGGUGACCAAGGAAGUGGGUAUGGAUUUUAAGAAUUUGGGCUCCAAGAGGGUGCUGGUGGUUACGGAUCAGGUGGUUAAGGAUUUGGAGGCUAUGAGGCAGGUUGUCGAGGGUUUGAAUAGAGAGGGUAUUGAGUUUAGGGUUUUUGAUGCUUGUAGGGUUGAACCGAAGGAUACUUCCGUCAAAGAAGCAAUUGAGUUUUCCAAAACCUAUCAACCAGAUGCAAUUUUAGCAGUUGGUGGUGGUUCUGUCAUCGACACUGCCAAGCUCAUGAACCUCUAUACCUGCUAUCCAGAUGCCGAUUUUAUGGAUUUCGUCAACGCUCCUCUCGGAAAAGGUAGACCCAUAGAUAAAUCCCUCCUACCACUCAUUGCCGUCCCCACAACAGCAGGAACUGGCUCCGAAACAACCGGCACCGCAAUCUUCGACCUCGUCUCUCACAAAGCCAAAACGGGUAUCGCGCAUCGAAACCUCAAACCGCUCCUCGGAAUAUGCGAUCCCCUCAAUACACGCACCAUGCCUUCAGCCGUGCACGCAAGUUCGGGUUUGGAUGUUCUCUGUCAUAGUUUGGAAAGUUGGACAGCAAUUCCAUAUUUUGAGAGGACGCCGCGUCCUAAGAAUCCGAUUGAGAGACCGGCGUAUCAGGGGGCGAAUCCUAUUAGUGACAUUUUUUCACUGCAGGCGUUGAGGAGUACGGCGAAGUAUUUGCCGAGGGCGACGAAAGAUCCUGAGGAUCAUGAGGCGCAGAGUGAGAUGUUGCUUGCGGCUACUUUAGCUGGGGUUGGGUUUGGUAAUGCGGGAGUGCAUUUGUGUCAUGGAAUGUCCUAUCCAAUUUCUGGUCAGAACCCAGGAUAUACACACCCAGGAUACGUGACCAAAACUCCAAUCAUCCCACACGGUGUAUCAGUUGCCGUUUCUGCACCCGCCGUAUUCCGCUUCACCGGUGCAUCUAACCCCGAACGACAUCUCGCAGCAGCCGAAUGCUUCGGUGUUGAUAUCUCCAAUGUCAAGAAAGAAAGUGCAGGUGCAGUUUUAGCAGAAGCUUUAGAGAAAUUCUUGGAAGAAUUGGGUGAUCAACCAAAGGGUCUUAAGGAUUUGGGUUUUAAGAAGGAACAUAUUGAUGGUUUGGUUGAGGGUACGAUUCCUCAGAAGAGAGUCCUGAUGUUGGCACCGAAUUUGGCGGAGGAAAUUGGUGAGGAGAGGGAACAGUUGAGAGCGCUUUUUGAGGAUGCCAUGGGGAAUUGA